AUGACGCUGAAACGCCGCUGCUUUAGACGAAGGAGCGCCGGUGAUGUCGAAGUCGCAGCCGAAGAGAGUCGGCGAAGCUCGAUACACCAAACGCCUCAAACCGGAAAACGAGCCGAGAAGAGGAGAAGUGAUGCCAGCAGAAGCCUAGUGACCGUUGUUGGUCACUACUAUGAGUCGAACGAUUUCAUACACUGUGGAGAAGCCUUUGCGGAAUUCUUCUUGGUCUUGAAGCACGUGGUCUUCGCCCACAGCCUAGAUGUCGGGGGCAACGCCCUAUUUCAGACGUUUCUGAUGGUGGUCGUUUGA